AUGAAGUGGUUGGCUGUUGUUGCUUCGUUUAUAUUUUCGUAUUCAACAACUGAAGAGGAUAUAAUUAAAAAAAGGACUGUGUCCACAGAACGUGUGCAAAACGGCGUAAAAAUUUCAUGUUUAAUCGUUUUAGCUUCAAAUACUUCAAUAUCGAAUUGCAAUGGUUCGGAGACGAAUGGAUCCCUGAUUUACAUAGACUUUCACAAGAUCAGACCUCCAUGUACUUGUACCGUAAUUCCGUCCUUUGAAGGCGAUAUCCAGGUUACGUCAGAGAAAACUGAAGAACCCUGUAGUACAGUGGUAAGAAUAGAAGCCUCUGGAAGAUAUUAUUAUUUCCCGUGCAAUCAUCAAAUGACAUCUACACAGAUUAUCAGCAGACUGUGUCCACUAAACGCUGCAAAUAUAUCAUUAUCGAAUUGUAAGGACUCGGAGAAGAAUGGAUCCCUGCUCUACAUAGACUUUCACAAGAUCAGACCUCCAUGUGCUUGUAUCGUAAUUCCGUCCUUUGAAGGUGACAUUCAGGUUACAUCAGAGAAAACUGAAGAGCCCUGUAGUACACUGAUCAGAAUAGAAGCCUCUGGAAGCUUUUAUCCUUUCCCAUGCUUUCCUCUAACGACGACUACACAAAUUACUAGCAGUAUGUUUCAAACUGUUAAAGUUAAUCCUCAUUAUUAUGCGUUCUACAGUCGAGAACAGUCUUACCACUGCCUGGGGUUUCAACAAAAUAAAGAUGGGGGAGAAAGGGGGAAUAUCAGAGUUUUCUGUGGAGAUACAUCCCAAAGUACGACUAGCCGCUUGACAGAAAAGAGGAGUACGGAUUUUUCAUCAUAUCAACUAUCGAAUAUAACCACUGUAACAAACUUUGGGUUUCACUCAGUAAAUGCUACAGACGAAGUUCAGCCUGGUACAUCUUUUUUGAAAUAUAUUAUAGUUGGAAUAUCCACAUGUGUAGGGCUGGGAUUCUUUGCUCUUGUUAUUCUUUUGCUGGCAUGUAGGAUUCGGAAGCGAAAACAACAAAGGAGAAAUACGCCAUCAACAGGGGAAUGUCAUACAGAUCAUGAAAGUUAUAAUGUAUUCGACAAACCUUUACCAGAUAACCCUCUAUACAAUUCCAGCGAAUUGCCAAGCGAAGUCGGAUAUUCUACAAUACCUGAUCACCAAGAAGGUUCUCAGUUGUCAACGCAAGGGGACGAUGUCGAAAGACAGGUAGUUUAUACAAGACCAACACAGACAGAAAUAACAGAUAGGCAUGUGGCUGAAAUUCCUAUCUAUACAGUUCCUACAAAGCCCAAAAAGAAAACAAUAAGCGACACAGCCGGAGCAGUCUAUGCUCAAGUAAGCAAACCGCAUGUAAAUGUUAAAAACAGUCCUGUUCGAAAGAGGAUUCAAGAAGAUGGUCUUGAGUAUAUUGAUGUAGAUCAUUCCAAUAUUUUGCACGCCAAAGAGCAACUCAAAGACAAAGAAAAACUUUCGGCGAUAACAACGUAUGCCGAAUUCAAAAUUUAAAUGUAUAUUCAUCAAUGACACAAUAUAAACAAUAUUUCUUUUAUUAUAGAAAAUAAUUUGCGUUGGGAUGUUCCA